UCUCAAUCCAUUGCUUUACAUGGCUUCAGUUUCUGCAGCAGCAUUGCUAUCUUUAGCAACACUGCUACUUCUGGCAGUUGGUUCUAAUGCAGGAGGUAUCGCGAUUUACUGGGGACAGAAUGGAAAUGAGGGCACAUUAGCACAGACUUGUGCCUCAGGGAACUACCAAUUUGUGAACAUAGCUUUCCUCUCAUCGUUUGGCAAUGGCCGGACCCCUACCUUAAACCUGGCGGGUCACUGUGAUCCGUCUAGCAAUACAUGCACCAAGUUCAGCUCGCAGAUCAAGUCGUGCCAAGCCGAAGGCAUCAAGGUCAUAUUGUCUAUUGGGGGAGGCUGGGGAGGACAAUACUCUCUAGCUUCAUCAGAAGAUGCCCGCCAAGUUGGUGCUUAUUUGUGGAACAACUUCUUGGGAGGACACUCCACUUCAAGGCCAUUAGGAGAUGCUGUUUUGGAUGGAGUUGAUUUCGACAUUGAAGGAGGGAAUGAUCAGUACUGGGAUGACCUUGCUAGGUACCUUUCGGCGCAUAGCAAGAAGGGCGGCAAGAAAGUUUACUUGACUGCUGCUCCACAGUGUCCCUUUCCUGAUGCUAAUAUUGGAAAUGCACUUAAGACAGGCCUAUUUGACAAUGUUUGGGUUCAAUUCUACAACAACCCUCCUUGUCAGUACACUUCUGGUAAUGUCACCAAUCUCGAAGAUGCUUGGAAGCAAUGGACUUCAGCCAUUCCUGCACAGCAGAUCUUCUUAGGACUCCCUGCGGCGCCUGAAGCUGCUGGUAGCGGAUUCAUUCCUGCUGCUGCGCUCACUACAACAGUCCUUCCGGGGAUCAAAACUUCAGAUAAAUAUGGCGGUGUCAUGCUUUGGUCCAAGUAUUAUGAUGAUCUUGAUGGAUACAGCUCCUCAAUCAAGAAUCAUGUCUAG